AUGGGGGCGUGUGCGACGUGGAAGAGGGAGGGUGUAGUGCGGGCUUUUAUGACUGUGGAAGGGACAGCGUUUUGUUUGCUGUUGGCAUGGAACAGGCGUGCCGGCUUUUUAGCCUACAUUCGUGUAGCAGAGGAUCGUGCGAGGGCAUACAGAGCUUUGGCUGAGAACUCGUACAACGUGCUUCACGAGGGGUGGAAUGCGAGUGAAGAGUCAGUUGAGCGUUAUGAAUGGACUUUGGGUUUUCGCAUGUUGAGUAACUGCAUUGUUAUCAUGAUGUUCGCAGAGUGUCUAGGUCAAUCGGCGUGUGUCUCGGAGGUGACGCAGGCCUUCAUCUCAGCCCCUGGGGCACUAGAAGCUGGGUUGCAGUGA